AGAAAACGAAUUGACGCAAGCUAUGGUUGCACGCUGGAAAGCAGCAAUAUCAGAAAAGCAAUCGCUCAAGGCUGCGAGACAAGUCGUUCUAGCAUUCCGAUCUGCUGCACAUUUGAAUGAAGACGAUGACGACGCGGAGAGAAAGCAGCCCUACAAGAUCUCGAGUCCGGAAGUAUUCCACGACAUCCUCGUUGUUGCGCUCAAGCAGAUUCCCGAAGUCCUUCAACACCAUGUUCCUAUUAAGGAAUCUUCAUCUGGCAAAGUCCAAGUCCCGACAGACUCGAAAAAAUUCAAGACCCUUUCAAACCUCCUCAAGUCUUACGUAUCCGCCAUCUUACACCUUCUAGACACACUCUCGGACGAUGCCACUCUUAAGUUGACAUUAUCUGCAAUCACACCUCUCAUUCCCUACCUAUUAAGUUUCCGAAAGUUGCUCAAGAAUUUAAUAAAAACUGUCGUCGGAUUCUGGGCACAGUCUACGAGCAGCGAUUCGACUCGGAUUACUGCGUUCCUAGUUCUCCGACGACUAGUCGUCGUUGGCGAUAAAGGCAUCAGGGAAGCAGUCUUGAAGGCAACUUAUCAAGGCCUAAUCGCAGGGUCUCGUGUGACAAAUGUCAACACGGUACAAGGGAUCAACUUGAUGAAGAACUCGGCUGCUGAGUUAUGGGGUUUAGAUCAAAACAUUGGUUAUACGACAGCCUUUGCUUUCAUCCGCCAACUUGCUAUCCACUUGCGCAAUAGCAUUGUACACAACCAGAACGAGUCAUACAAGACGAUUUACAAUUGGCAGUAUAUUCACUCGCUGGACUUCUGGUCUUGUGUGUUGUCAGAACAUUGCAGUCCGCUGAAGGAGGCCGAGGCGGGCAAGGAAUCCCAGCUCAAGCUGCUGAUUUACCCUCUUGUCCAAGUCACACUUGGGGCCAUGCGCUUAAUACCAACCGCAACCUACUUCCCUCUUCGAUUCCAUAUGAUCCGAUCACUUCUACGUGUCUCACGGUCAACUGGAACUUACAUCCCGUUAGCGUCCGCCCUACUUGAAGUAUUGAAUUCCGCCGAAAUGAGAAAGUCGCCCAAACCGUCCACCAUUAAACCCCUUGACUUCCAAAUCGCCUACAAAGCACCGAAGUCAUAUUUGCGAACCCGGGUUUAUCAGGAUGGAGUAGGCGAGCAGGUUGUAGAUCUCUUCUCCGAAUAUUUCGUGCUAUGGUCCACGAAUAUAGCGUUCCCCGAGUUCGCUCUGCCUGUCGUCAUCAUGCUGAAGCGGUGGCUCAAGCAAUCGAGAAGAAAGACCGGUGGCAAUAACAACAACAAAGUCCGCGCCGGCCUCGUCCUUCUCGUUCAGAAGCUUGAGGCGAACGCGAAAUUCAUCGAAGGUAAACGAGCCAAGGUAGAUUUCUCUCCUAAAGAUCGUGCGCAAGUCGAUGCGUUCCUGAAGGAUUUCGAGUGGGAGAAGACGCCCAUCGGCGCCUACGUCGUCGCUCAGAGGAAGGCAGGUGCAGAGAAGGCUAAGAUGUUGGAACAGGCCAGAAAGGAGGAUGAGCGCAGGCGAAAGGAAGAAGAACAGGAAGCGCUAGAGGAGGACGCCGCAGGGCUGGAUAGUGAAGAUGAAGAAAUGGAGGAUCUGGACGAGGACGAAGACGAAGAUGAGGAUGAGGAUGAGGAUGAAGACGAUGAGUGAUUUUAUCGGAAGUCAUACUCGGAACAAGCACUGUUAAUGAAUAAG